AUGUUUUUUCCCGCCAUUUUUGCCAACAACACAGCUGCUACCAAUUGUUUUGCGUUGUUCACUCGUUUUCACUGCUGUCUUCUACAAAGCGCAAAUUUUCAGCGUAUCGACGAACAUUUCGCCGUUUUGCACAACGGCGCCGCGAAUACCGAGACGCGUGCUCGAAGGAAAGGCGGUAAGUUGGACAGAAAAUACUUCUCCACCCUCCAUUUUUUCAGAUUCUCUCCGUCCGCCAGUCGAUGAAUGCGACGAAGAUGGGUCGUUGUAAGACUUUGAUAAAGUACUCCGAGAACGGCUUCCAAGACGCGAAUACCGAGACGCGUGCUCGAAGGAAAGGCGGUUACUCAGGUAAAAUUUCAAACUUUUCUUGGCUCUUCUAAAGACAUUCUCAAACUUUCUCAAGACAAAAAACUUUUCCAAGACCUUUUCAAACUUUCUGAAGCUCUAAAAACUUUUCUAAGCCUUUUUCAAGAAAUUCUCAGACUUUUUCCAGAAAUUCUCAAACUUUUCCAAGAAUUUCUUGGGUGGCGCCUGGAAAAGUUUGAAAAUAGCUAAGAAAAGUUUGAAAUUUUACCUGAGUAGUUGCACAGAAUAUACUUCUCCGCCUUCCAUUUUUUCAGAUUCUCUCCGUCCGCCAGUCGACGAAGACUUUGAUAAAGUCACCCCGAUUGAUUUCCUUUCACGUCGAUCCAUUCACAUGGCGUUUCGCAACCCGGCCCCCCGUUUGCAAAGUGUCCCGCCUGUCGCGAAGCACUCAGGUAAAUGGACAAGUUGUGCGCGAAACCGCUAGCCAUCGCGCAUCUCAUCUCGCCAAACCGAAUCUCAUUCAUUUUCUGCCCAUUCCAUUCCAUCUGUAGAUUUGUCCGUUCUGUACACAUGUCGCAUUACCCGUUCCAACAGCUUUCCACCUUUUUUUCGUAAUGCGACCGCGCGGUUGCCGCGCGCCGGCCUUGCGUAAUCAAGAAGAAGAAGAAGAAGCUUCUACUUCUUCUCCGAAUUCAUUUAAUUGAAGGUGUUUGUAUUGACAUAGACGGAAGACUGGAAUCGGACUACACACCCGGGAUUUCGAAUGAAACGCCAAAAAGUCUGGUCUGGUUCCCGGAAAUAAGUGUAACAGGUGUCCGUCUUUCAAUUCCAACACCUUCAUUUUGACUGACCGACAUGUUUCCGGGGCGGUUUCUCUUCGAUUCAACUUUUUCAAUUGAUCCAUGAGAAAAUGUCCUCCAAUUUUGGACGACUAUAUCUCGAGAGCUGUCAACUGGAAAAUUGUUGCACCCUUUUGCAUUUCCAGCUCUUCUAGCCAAAAUAUCACAAAAAUCGCCUGAAAAUCUAGCAAAAAGCGCUUAAUUUUCCAGCGUUCACUGAAAUCCAGCCAAUUUCUUGAAGACCUCACAAAAAGCGGUGCGCUCGGCGGCGUUCCGAUCAGACUACACACCACACUUGAUCAUCGGCGUGGUUGGUUGGCAGACGCCCGCAUACCACUUUUCCUCGUUGAAUUUCGGCACAAAAAGUGGGAGAAAAAGAUGGAAAUGAACGGAAAUGAGUGGGCGGGAGAGAGACUUUCGGAAAGGGCGUGUGUGUGUGUCAUCGCGAAGAUUCACAGAAUUACUGUUGUUGUCCUCGAGUCCGGAACGAUGCAAAAUCAGAGAGCGGAUGUGCAUUUUGAGCCAGGUUAUUGCAAAAUUCUGUGUUAGUAACUGUCAAACCGAAUCCGUAUUAAUUAAAGAAAGUUUGCGUCGUCAUGUCGACAAGAAACCAUCCUUUAACCUUUUAGAAAACCAGACACUACAACAAAGACAUAGAACCGAAUUGUAAUUAGUCAUUCGCAUUCUGAAAGCUUCGUAGCUUCAGUCCUUCCCUUAUUACACAGUGUCUUCUGACCUCUGUGAGUCAGCCAAGAAUCUUGAUCUUCAAGGUUCCGUCCCCGUGUACAAAUACGUUGCGCCGCUACCAGAAGCCGUGCCUUUUCCCUUCGCCCAAACCGGUAUCUCUCUUUCUUUUCCUCUCUUCCUCUCCUCCCCCCAAUGCCAUCCGCUAGUAGAGAGGAGAAGAUUCUCAAGUUCACACACAUACAUACAUGCAGACAAGCUUCUCCCUCCCCCUUCUACCAUUCUGACGGGGGGCGAGCGCUUAGUUGCCAUUUAUCCCCUUCUUCUUCUUCUUCUUCUUCUCUUCUUGUACAUGAUAUCAGAUUCUCCCUUCUUCUUCUUCUUCUUCUUCUUCUUCUUCUUCCAUCGCCGGCAUGUUUAUGUUGCGCAAGAGGUCUUUUCUUUUUCAUGACCGUCCAGGGAGAACCCCUUACGCAAUCCCUCUUAUCUUCUUGUUCUCUUGACUUGGCAAUGGACAAUGUUUAUGCACUUUUCAGUGUCGGUUGUUCACAAUUUGUUAGCCCAUCAUAACGCACCCCUUUCCAUUUUUUCCACUUCCGAGCUGGCCCCGCAAAAUCUUGACGUGACGUUUUGCCAGUUGCUUGUAGAGAUAUCACAAUGUUGUCAACUAGAAAAAUGUGUAAAAUGUCUCGUGGAACAUUUUUCUAGUAGACAACUUUUUGAUAUCAUCACCGGCUGCUGAGAUACAACGUCUAGAAGUAGCGCACUACAAAAAUAGUUCAGUCUGUUACCUUUUUCAUGAAGCUGCGCUACUAUUCAUUUAAAAACGUCUAGUACCUGAUGCCUUCUACCAGUAUUAUUACUAUUGUUAUCAUUGAUCCAUUGCAAAAAGUGUCAACAUGUCAUUGUUGCCAACUAUUAUCGCUUUGCCGAAACGUUCUCUAGUUUCUAGUCGUGUUGCCAUUGUGACCGUACCUUAGACCUUUGAUCUCUUAUGCCCAGACUGGUUACCCCGAACCUUCAAUCGUCCAAUCCCAUUUCUGACACCUAGAAGAUUCAAUUUUCCAUAGAACGUUUAGAGAAACAGUUCAAAACUCAAAGAAAAUACCAGUUUUCCAAAGUCGUCGCAAAAAGUGCAUUAAUUUACGGCUCUAAAAUACCUGUGCCACGUCAUGUCUGAAAAAAACGAGUUUUUGACGAUUUCCGAAACGCAUCAUCAGUUUAGUGAGCUGAACUUUCAGUGCCACGUCAAUUUCAUCACUAAUAGUUAGGAUUGGUACUCGAUUGCAUUCAAUGACGUUGCAAAGUCAUGAAACCCACAAAUAGUUGAGCUCCAAGUCAAUUUCCAGACUUUCACUCGUUUUUUCACCCAAUAUUCGUCACCACCGACCACCGCCGGGCAACCUUGUUACGUCACCGUGUGUAGACACGAAGCGCGACACAAAGUUGUUCGGAAAUCCCAUUUACCUUGAAUAAUCCCCUCCCCUUCGUACCUCCAACUACUACAGUACUAGAAGUAGUGCAUACACUGGUGUGGGUAAACAGGCGCUUCUGGCGAAAGCGUUUCCUCAUUUUUCAUCCGCAACGUCUCUUCCGGAUUGCCGCUGCCGCGGUGCCUGUCAUCGAAAACAAUGUCGGAUGCCAUCGUUUCCUCUUUUUCACUUUCUGCCGUUCGUCCCUCUUCCCCUUCUUCUUCUUCUUCUUCUUCUUCUUCUCCUUCUUCUUCUGAUCAUCAAUCAAUUUCCUCUUUGCCAAAAUACCUGCUUUGGGCCCACCACUAAAAAUUGCGGUUUUCUGCCCAUUUUUGUGUUGCAAAUGAAAUGAAAUCGAAAGGGGGGCGAAAGGGGUGAUUGCGUCAUUUCACGCAGACGGAAACGGAUAAUAGCAGCUUUGAAUUGCGACAUUUUCUUAAUCUUUGACGCUCAAAUCACAGUUUUUAAGACAGAAUCGCUAGGAGUUAACGUAAAAAUCGAUGAGCACACUGUGCUGUUCCUACAGCCGCUCAUAACUUGAGUAGGAGGCGCUUUCAGACAAAACGUUCAAUUACAAAGUUAUUCAGAAUGACAUCUUCAGUACCUUUUUAGUUGAGAACUUUUUGAAAUAAUCACUAGAUCUUAAGAUAAAGACUUUGGAAAACUUGAACAUAACUUUGAGACUUUUGAGCCAAUUAGGUCAUCUAGAGGAUAUAUCUCAGUUCCUGGUAAAGAUAUCAAAACAACGUCAACUAGUAAAUUGUUCAUUAAUACAUUUUGUACAUUUUCUCAGUUGACCACUUUUUGAUGUCUGUACAGAUGGCUGAGAUACACGGCUUCGAAUAAAUGGCAUCCAAAUCUGUCCAAAUGUUCCUCGAAAACCCCUAAAACUGAAAAACUCUCAAGAGUAUUAUUGUCUACUUUCUCGCCCUGCCGAAAUUGGAUUGUUUACGUAACCGCCGACGCCUUCAGAAGCUUCUUCUCCUUCUUCUUCUUCUCGCCAGUCUCGAGAUUCGCUCUAUUGUCCUCUCUUCCCCCUUCAUUUCAGCACUGUUCUUCUUCACAAUCACGAACAACUGACUGGUUUUUUUUCGGUCGAUUCGAUUCGAUUCGAUUCGACAAAAAGCAAGCAGCAGUACACUAUGUUUUUUUAUCAUUUUUCGUUCGUUCAUGGGAAGAUGCAUUAUUUUUCAGUAAAGGUCAUCUCGAUGCACCUUCUAUUCAAGACAUUAUAUCUCGUCUGCCUGUAAAGUCACGAAUAAGUUGUCAACUAGUAAAUUGUUCGCUAUGAAAUUCUGCACAUUUCAUUAGUUGACAAUUUUUUGAUAUCUCUACUGGCAGCUGAUAUACAGCGUUUUAAAUAGAUGGUAUUGUAAGCCUACAAUAAUCCUCUUGAAAUCGAUCCUACUGUCAUGUCAAUACUUUCCAAUUUCUCUAUGCUUUCACUUUUCCAGUACCGUAGUCUACCGUACCCCGACCGUAACCGUUUCAGGACGGGUGCGUGCCUUCAGACUAGCAGGAACCGCCAUCAGAUGCUGCAGAUAGUUGCGGUAACGCUCAAUUUUGCCGUUUUUCCAUAAAAUCCCAAAAUUUCGCAGGUUUGCCUGUUGAUCGGCACCGUCGAAUCGGGCGGAUAUGCCGGUGUUCAGGGUGGAUCCGUCGGCGGAAGCUCCCUCGCCUCCGGGUAAGGUUUUUGGGCGGUUUUCAGGGCAAACAUGUCGAUUUUUCAUUCCCAUUUCCAGACCGGACUUCAAUCCGAUCCUUCUGCAAGGUCAACGCGGAUAUCCGGGCAUCCGGGCCCGUCUCAAUUCGAGAGCGUUCCAGUACGCGAGCACUCUGGUCGGAGGUCUCUUGAACACGGAAAUCAAAAAGGCCCGCAUUCCGCCGAUCUCACAGUGCAUCCCGAUGGUUAGUUCGAGUGGUGGCCUAGAAAAAGCAGAGCGGAAAGUUCGGCCACCGAGGUGCCAAAGAACCGGAAUCGCGGCCGCUAAAUUCGAUGGUGGUUUCCAGUUAUCACCUAAUCAUUUUCGUACACAAUUCGAAUGGAAUUCACAGCUUUUUACGUGGGAGGGGGGGGGGAGACACAAUAAGAUUACGUAACAGGUCGGGCCGCGAAGGGAAACGAUCCCCUUUGGUCACAGAGAUCGGCCGGAACUUGUUCUCAACAUGAGAAGACCUUCUUUUGUCGCUUCGGUCGCCCACCAAAAGCUUUCUUUUCUCAAUUCAGCAAAAGAGGAGGCCACGUUUUGUGUAGUUGAAUUCAAGGGACCAGAGAGAGAUUGUGACUGUGUCGGGGGAAGUCGGAACUAAAUUUCAUAUGUGCUCCACACUUCCGAAGAGCCGCAGCACUUUUGCGAGAGCCUGUACAAAAAAGUUGUCAACUACAAAACGAAAGCACAAAACACGAGCAUCAUUUUUGUAGUUGACAACUUUUUGAUUCGGCCACUCUCAAAGGUGUAGUGUAGUUUCUGACGAGCCCAACAUUUCUUCUUCUUCUUCAGGUGCAAGGCUGCGUGAACAUCUACAAUCUGUACGUGUCCCGCUACCGUUGUCCUCAACGCGUCGUUCUUUAUCCGGCUCCGCCAAACAGAAUCGUUCUUCAAGUGCAAAAUGUGGACUUGGGGUACGUUUUCAGUUGUCAUUGCGAGCUUUCAAGUGUCUUUCAUCCUAUGACAAUUGCAGAGUCACUGGAAACCUCGGCGGUCAGGUGGUCGUCCUCAUUCCGAUCGCCCUUUCCGGAAUCGUGCAACUCAACAUCCAUCAGGCGACGAUCACAGUGCAAUUGGCGAUCGAGAGAGGCGCUCGGGGACCGUACGUUCGUCUCCUCUCGUGCGACAUGCAGAUCGGAUACGCCGACGCGUACAUCGAGAACGGCGGCCUCGUCGGAGACAUUGUGAACAGUCAGUUCAGGAGUCAGAUCUCGAACCAAGUGCGGCAGAUGAUACCCGGGCAAGUGUGCGGGCAGCUGCCGACCAUCAUCAACGAGAAACUCAACUCGAAGUUGGGAGCUCUGCCGCAGACGAUCGCGCUGCAGCAGAUGAUCUCGUUGUUCGGAGGAGCACUCGGAUUGGGAGGAGGCGGCGCGACCGGUGGAUCUGUAAGUUGCUCAAAAAGCAGGCUAAUAUAGACGAGGCCACUGUCUCGCGAGCCGCCCAAUAGAGCGAUAAAUUGGCGCGAAAUUCAAAUUUUAACAGCAAAUUUUGUGUUCUUUGCCAGAUUAGCCGCGAAAAAUCGAUAAUUUCUCAUUUGUCUCUCGAUAGACCGAUUAUAUAGGCUAUUACGAAUUUUUUAACCGCAAGAGCGUUAAAUUUGGUCAAGUCGCAAAUCACAUUGAUCCGUUUGAAGGUUUUUGGCUAAAACUGCGUGAAUUUCAGUUGCUUUACGGUAAUUUUCGCGGUUCGAGCGCUCAAAAUGCUUGUAUUUACGUGAUUUAUCAUUCGCAAAACCAAUUCUGCCGGAAAACGGUCAAGAACGCGCAAAAUGAGAAGUUUUUGGGCGGCGAUCGGCGAUAAAGCAAAGUCCGCGAAAAAUGAGUGCCAAAACGUCAUUCAUUCUGAGAAUUAGUGUGUUUUCAUGUCGAACAAUCAUUUUUCAUCGCCUUUGACGACAAAAAUCAGAAAAAACCUGCUCAAUUCAUGAAAACGCCAUUUGGCCGAGGCCACGCCCAUAUUGUCAGCUCUGGAGACCGUGGCGCGAGGGAAGCCCAUCCGAGUUAUCCCUAUUUUUCUAUUUUCAGUGCCCAUCGACGUGCCCGAAACCAGCCACCUUCAUCCCGUCCACCAAUCCGCAACCGACGCAAGUCGCCCCCGCCGUCUCUACCCCGUACAUCGGAGGAGCCGCCCCGGCCCCUCAGAUCCCCACAACCGCCUACACCGAGGGAGCCAGAAGAGCCGCCGCCGUGCGAACUCUCCAACAACUCCAAGCGCUCCGAUAUCCACGAGGAGCAGUGGGAGCCGGCGGAAAUUACAGUCAGGGUGUGAACGUGGUGCUGCCUCUAGGAGUCGGAAGACAUCGAAUGUACGCGGCGACGAUCCGAGCGGCCGGAAUUGCUCAGUAUCCAUCGGGCGCGACGUACUCGAACAUCGGAGCCAACCCCCGAUACCCUCCGCCGCCAACUGUCGCCGCUGGUCCGGUGGCCGUGCAGCCACCGCCAGACUGCUCGAAAUGCUCGGCCGCCGGCGGUGGAUCCGGCGAAGAUCCGGCUUCGUUCCUGAGACAAGUGGCCGCCCAUCUUGACAUGUCCAAACUGAACGAUCUGUACCUGUCGCUGCAAUUCAUCCAAUCGUACGCCACUUCCAACGACUACACGAUCGAUCUGACCGGCGAGUUCUCUCCGUACGGCCAAGGCGGAACUCCGUUCGGCGCGUUCCCCACCCAAUUUCCCUACUACGGAGGUCAGAUGGCCGAGUUCAUCGUCACGGACUACACUGUCAACUCGCUCUUCUACUGGCUCCAUCGCAAACAGUUCCUGAGCUUCCGAAUCGGACCAGAGACGCCGAAGAUCGGCGAGCUGCUGAAGACGACGUGCUCGGACGACGAGGACGAUCUGGAGGCGACCGAGGUGGAGUUGGACGAGGAAGAGGCGCGCAGAAGACGGCGGCUGGCGAAGGAGAAGGCAAAGUAUCGGCUGCGACGCGGCAUCCAUCAGAACGCGACGAUUGUGCUGAGUGUGCGGCCGAGCCGACACGUGGUCGCAUCGACGAACGAGACGACGAAGAUCACGACGAAGAGCAAGAGGGACUCGAGACGCCGGCGACAAGAGGACACCGCCGGACUCGCCGAUCUGGGCAUCUGCUUCGGAGACAUUCUGCCGGCGGUCAGGGAAAAGUAUCCGAAUCAGAAGAUCGCCGUGCAGAUCAGAACCGUCCGCGCGCCGUCGGUCAUUCUUUCCGCCGCUAAAGGAGGUUAGUUUUCGGACCCUAGUGGUCUAAAUAGCGAAACGUCUAUACUAACUUCCUAGUAGCUAUAGUAGCUUUGAAAGUGAUUGCACAGUAAAGGUUUCAACUACGAAAACAAUGAACAAGACGUGUUCAACAUUUUUAAAGUUGACCACUUUUUAAUCCGACGGCUCCCAAAUGUACUGUAGCAAACAGUCUGUGCUAACUUCCAAGUGCUACAGUGAUCCAAGGAGUGGUGACUGAAGAACUCUAGCGCCAGUCCAAACCAAUAUUGUAUUGUUCUUCAGGAAUGGUCACGUUGGACCUGAUCGCCGACGCGGACAUCUACAUCGAUCAGACGAACACAAAAGUGGGAACGAUCACAAUCGCAUCCACCGUAGUGCUAACCGCGCGAAUCGGCGGAGGAAGACUGUCGGGAACGGCCGAGAUCACGCAGUUGCACCUCUCGGACAGGACCGGAUCCCUGGGAUUGCCACAGGACGCGCUCGACAACCUCGGAAAUCUCGGAAAGGAAUUGUUGCAGAAGGUGGGCGAUGAUCAGUGCGGAUCCGACUGUGAAUUACCAAUAUUGUAGGUGGCCAACGACGGACUGCAGAAGGGAAUCGCCAUUUCGAUCCCUCAGAACCUUCCGCUUCCGAUCGGAAUCAUCAAUCCGGAUGUGCAUAUUAUCGAACACGGACUUCACAUCGCCACCGAUUUCACCAUUUCUCCUUCGCUUUUGGGCGGUGGCGGGAGCUGCUAA